AUGCUUCUUCUCGUCCCCAAAUUCCCCCUCUUCGCCCCCCUCUCUCCCACUCACCCUCGCAGCAUCGACCUAUCAUCCAAUCAUGCCAAGAUAGGAAUGGCAACGUUUGCCCUGGGGUCUUCCAGCCAAUCAAUGCCUUCUUCCGCCCGCCCAAAACCGUCGCCUGGGGAGAGGCCUCAGAUGAAACGGGUCAUACUGGCAGUGGGGUACACCUACUAUUCGGACCGCGGAGCCCUCUUGGUGGGGGGAGCGGCGCUGCUGACGGGGAUAAUGGAGCUGGGGGAGACGGGGGGGGAUGACUACACGGUGGACGGGUUCCUGUGGGCCAUGGUGGGGUGGUUCGCCACCAUCGCUGCCUUUGUUUGGUUCGUGGAGCGCACGAGAAGGCAGGACCAGUGA